AUGCUGUCAGCGGGGGCGCCCGGGGCUGGCGGCUCGGAGCGGCCCGGCGGCCGGUUCAGCGUGCUGAGCUGGGAGCAGGUGCAGCGGCUGGACCAGAUCCUGGGCGAGGCUGUGCCCAUCCACGGCCGGGGCAACUUCCCUACCCUGUCCGUGCGGCCCCGCAGGAUCGUGCAGGUGGUCCGCAGCCGUCUGGAAAAGAAGGGAAUUGCCGUCCAUAAUGUCAGGUUGAAUGGCUCAGCAGCUAGCCAUGUCCUACAUCAAGAUAGUGGCCUAGGGUACAAAGACUUGGACCUCAUUUUUUGUGUGGAUCUGAAGAGUGAGGAUUCUUUCCAGCUAGUUAAAGAUGUGGUCAUGGACUGUCUCCUGGACUUCCUCCCAGAAGGCGUAAACAAAGACAAAAUCACCCCCAUGACUCUGAAGGAGGCAUAUGUGCAGAAACUAGUGAAAGUAUGUAAUGAAACAGACCGCUGGAGCCUUAUAUCACUGUCUAAUAACAGUGGGAAAAAUGUGGAACUCAAAUUUGUGGACUCUCUCAGACGGCAGUUUGAGUUCAGCGUGGACUCCUUCCAGAUCAUAUUGGAUUCACUGUUACUAUUCAGAGAGUGUUCAGAGAACCCCAUGUCUGAGAACUUCCACCCCACAGUCACUGGGGAAAGCAUGUAUGGGGACUUCGGGGAAGCAAUGGACCAUCUCAGGAGCCGAAUCAUUGCCACCAGGAACCCAGAAGAAAUUAGAGGUGGUGGGCUUCUGAAGUACUGCAAUCUCCUGGUGAGUGGGUUUAAGCCCAAGUCGGAAGUAGAUAUGAAGGCGCUACAGAGAUACAUGUGCUCCAGGUUUUUCAUAGACUUUUCUGACAUUGGAGAACAGCAGCGGAAGCUCGAGUGUUACCUUCAGAGUCACUUUGUUGGGAUGGAGAGCAAAAGGUAUGACUGCCUAAUGACCCUGCACCGGGUGGUGAAUGAAAGUACAGUGUGCCUGAUGGGACACGAAAGGAGGCAAACUCUGAACCUCAUUGCCAUGCUGGCUGUGAGGGUGCUGGCUGAGCAGAACAUCAUCCCGACGGUAACCAAUGUGACCUGCUACUAUCAGCCAGCACCGUACGUCAGCGAAAUAAACUUCAACUACUACGUCACCCAUGUGCAACCCCUUCGGCCUUGCAGUCACUCCUACCCAACAUGGCUUCCUUGUAACUGAGCAUGGACAACACUCUCCAGGAUCUGUAUUCCAGGGUGCUCCCUGGCCUUGGCAGCCUUCUGGAAGAACUGUGACAAAAGGCAAUAUACUGGACUCUUUCUCGAGAGUUUCUUGUUCCCAUGUUUGUUUGGAACUAGCUGUGUCUGCUGUACGCUGUGGAGAUUGGAUGUGCAGUGUUAUUGGAAACUGUAGAUGAUCCGAGAUGUUUACAGGAAGACUUAUGAAUUAUGUAGGCAACGGGGGAGUUAGGGGGAUUGUAGGGUUAGACUAAAGGUAGAGCUGCACUGCCCUGAAAUGCAAAUCAGUCUGAAUUUCCUUUGGGUGCAGGAGGUGUUAAGGUUUGUGCAGACCCAUGGUUUCUGAAGAUAGAAGCCAGAGUGGCUGAUUCCUUUGAAGGACCAAAGAAUCCUGUUCUUAAGUGCCUGUAACAAUAUAAACACAAUUGUACUGUAAACCUUUAUUUUUUUGUUUUUGUCAGGGGCUAAGGUCCCUAAGUGCUUGUGUGGGGAUGUCUCCAGAUGAAAAUGUGUUUUGUUUUGGAUGGGAGGGGGUCAUUUGAUCAUUUCUAGUAACAUCAUAAACAGAUGUUGGAUUGCAGGUUACGUAUCGCUAAGGCUUUUGGCAUGGCUUGCUGCUCGUGAAGGACCAGCUAAUAGUACCUAAUAGUAGUAGUCAAAGCUGAGUCACACAGAGGUGGGGGUUGGCAUUGAAUGUAACACGGGACACUGGGGUUGUGGAGAAUGCUUUGCAGAGCUUUCUGGAAAUGGGAAGCAGUAGAGACCCAUCCAAGUAUUCACUAAAAAGCUCCAAAAUCUGCAGUGCCAAAAUUCUCAGCUAACUUGUGUACAUAAACAGUAAGGCAGGGGAUGUGUUUGGGAGUCUGCCCCAGGUUCUACUAGUAGAAAGCUGUACGUCUUCUAGGGAAUUGGAAAUGCUGCUACUUUUUGGCAUGCAGUGUGGUUUUAAUGCACAAACAACCAGUGGCCAGCUGGGCUAUCUGGGAAAGACCAGGCUUGUCCUGAAGCACAAACCAACUAUUGGCUCGUCAAACCAUUAACCAUAGCAGUUGAUUUGAUGUAGGCUGGGGCCAGUUUUAGGGCAAAUGCUUCUAGCCCCGUCCCUCAAGUAUUCGAUUCAGUCUUGGAGUUCUAGCAGAUUCUCUUGAUGCUAGCCUGCCUUGACUAGAGAAGAAACCGUCCUUGGUCCUUUUGUCAAAAGCAGCCUGUUUUUUUCAGCUACACAAUUCCACAUCUGAGCAACAGAUUCGUAAUCUCAUUAGAAAUGAAACAUGACUUCUUUUGUGC